CUGGAACUCUCAAUUGACAUCUUGCGCGGAGGGGAUAAUUUUACCAUCAUUUUUAUUGAGAAUAAAGAUCGGGAUCAGCAUUCUAUAAUUUAGAAUAAUGAAGCUUCUGAGUAAAGUCUUUCUCCAUUUGGUUGGUCUGUAUAUAGGAGCCACAGCUACAACAUGCAGUCCAUCUAACACAACGACCAUGGUGCAAUUGAGUUGUGAUGAAGGCUUCCAUUUCGAAAUUCUUCGAAGCUUGGCUACUGCAUCCUCCGGUGGUUCAGACAUCGGCGAAGUGCUGACGGCUGCUUACAAAAUAACACCUGGAGAUUUCGAAAGCUACACGGCCGCUUACACUGAAUUAGCUGAUCAUGUUCUGGCACAAGGAAAAGCUCUCGAUGCUCGCAAAUACCCGGUCUCUGUUCGUGAUACAAUGUUCCGAGCGGCAAUGUACUAUCAGUCCGCCGAUUUCUACCUUCACGGAAACCAGUCGGAUCCCCGAAUUCUGUCGCUCUGGGAAAAGCUUCAGGGUGCAUUCAACGUCAGCUUGUCCCUGCUCCCAGUUCCCGGUAGACGAGUCAACAUUCAAGCUGACGGCUUCUACGUGCCAUGUAUCUACUACAAAGCUGCGGCCGAUAAUACUCCUCGUCCAACACUAGUCAUUGGUGGAGGUUACGAUGGUGGACAAGAAGAAGUAUACCAUCAAGUGGGAUACGCAGCCCUGCAGCGAGGCUGGAACGUCAUUAGCUACGAAGGACCCGGUCAGGCAAGCCCUCGCCGUUAUCAGAGUCUCUCAUUCAUUCCUGAAUGGGAGAAAGUCGUAACACCCGUCGUCGACUACAUUACAACACUUCCGGAAGUGGAUCUGGAUGCCCUGGCGUUGGUCGGUGUUUCCUUUGGUGGUUGGUUGGCUCCCCGUGCAGCAGCCUUCGAGCACCGUUUCACUGCAGUGGUCGCUCUUGAUGGUAUUUAUGACUUUGGUCCGUCAACAUUGCAGUCAUUACCGUCGGAAUUCCAGGUGGCUUUCAAAGCGGGAAAUGCUACGUUAUUCAAUGCACUCAUCAACAAAGUCCGUGAAACUCCUUCCGUUUCCUCGAAGUUCCGGUGGUCUAUCGACCAAGGGCUUUGGUCUUGGGAUACUACAUCCCCUUUUGAGUGGAUGACGGCUCUUCAGAACUACACUCUUGCGCCAGUGAUUGAUAAGAUCAAGGGACCUGUGUUUGUUGGUGAUGCGCAAAAUGACCUGUUUUUCUCGAACUCUGGGGAAGUGCUGGCGAAGCAUCUUGGGGAUCGUGCUUAUUACUAUCAAUUUAAGACGGCUUAUGGUGAUGGCUCGCAUGCUGGAGUUGGGGCUUAUUCCUUGCAGAACCAGAUUGUGAUGGAUUGGCUGAAGCAGAAAUUUCAGAGCCGUGCCUGCCAAGUUUAA